GUCAAGGCAGAAACCAGUUGCCGGCCUAAUGAACCCGGCAUUAUGACUUUCUUUGGUUUUAAUGCUUCAGUUUGGGCUCCGAGGUGUUUCUGGGGCCGAGUUCUUCUCAUCGAUACACAUGAUGACAAAGGCCUUUGAAUACGAACAGAAAAUGCUCCGCCAGAUGCAGAAAUUUCUCAACAAUAACCAACAAAAAUUGGAUUUCCUGAAAGAUACCCUGCGGGACUUUGAAAGUGAACGCAAUGAGGCUCGUGAGUGGGGUCCAGCGUACUUUGAUAGUCCGGUAAACAAAUAUUUGCUCAACAAACGCUUGACCGUGGACUGGCAGAGGGUGGAGAAUCUAAUGGAGACCUCGACUGGAGAAAAGCCUCUGAAGCGCCUGCAGGAACUGCGAAUUGGCAAGGGAGAACUAGAGGGAGCCCUUGAUGGUAUUCUGCGUCUGCAGUUUGUUUACAGGCUAAAGGCCAAGGAUCUGGCCAAUGGAAUCUUAGAUGGCGUGAAUUACGGCACCCAGUUGAACUCCGAGCACUGUGUGGAUAUAGCUCGACUGGCUCUGAGGGAUCAGCAUCCUCGAUUGGCACACUCUUGGCUCCUGGAGGCCAAUGAACGCUUGACGAGUGGAGAAAAAUCCUUGGAACUCAAGCCACAAAUCUUGGCCAUGUUAGUGCAGGCCAAGGCGGAAUUGGGUGACUUGAGGGGUAUGAAUGAGACCUAUCAGGAACUCUUGCAAAUCCAGCCAGCCAGUGAGGAGCACAGGCGGAAUUACGAGAGCUUUCUGUUAGCCCAAGGUGAUAAGGUUUCACUCAAUGAGUCUCAAAUAAUUGAAGAGCAUGGACCCAUACCCAAGGAAGAUGAAGUGGUUACCCCUUUCCAGGCCUUCUGCCUCACCUGCAGUGGCCAUUGGGAGCCCAAACCGCAUGAGCUCCGAGAUCUGCGUUGCGGCUACUUGACCGAGACACAUCCCUUCCUUUGGAUAGCCCCCUUCAAGGUGGAGGAGCUCAACCAUGAUCCACUCAUCUUGCUCUUCCACGAUGUGAUCUAUCAAAGCGAAAUUGAUGCCAUCAAGGAGUUGACCAGAAAUAAUUUGAAUCGCGGUCAGGUGACAGGCCUAAAUUCCAGCUCAGUGUCCAAUGUGAGGACUAGUCAGACCUCCUUUAGACCCGUGACUGCGCAUAAAGUCCUGGAAACCAUAGACAAGAGAGUAGGGAUUAUGACCGAUUUGAAUAUGAAAUACGCCGAGGAUCAUCAGUUUUCCAACUAUGGAAUAGGUGGACAUUACGGAGAGCACUACGACUGGUUUAAUCAGAUCACUAUAGAUAGCGGGGUUGUCAGCAACCCGGAGCAUGGCAAUCGCAUUGCCACGGUUUUAUUUUAUCUCUCUGAUGUGACUCAGGGCGGUGGGACUGCCUUUACCUAUUUGAAAAAGCUGGUGAAACCGAAAAAAUACUCAGCUGUCUUUUGGUACAAUUUACAUGCCUCAGGAGUCGGGGAUCUGCGCACUCAACAUGGUGCUUGCCCCAUAAUUGCCGGUUCCAAGUGGGUACAAAAUCGGUGGAUUCGUGAGCUAGGACAAUCAGAUCGUCGUCCUUGUGAGUAUUGGGAUGAUUCUUUGGUCACCAAGUCUAUGAUUAUGGAAAGUUUAAAAAAAGAAAAGGCUUUAAAAGCGGCUAGUGAUAGUCAAGCUAUAUAG